AUGUCUGCCCAUCUCAGUCUUGCUACUCUGAACCGCACCAUUCAUUUCGGUGUCAUUCUCACCAAUGGAAUAACUGAGCUUCUUGAUGUUGCGCCCGUUGAUCUUUUCAACGGGCUCACAAAAGAAUUCUUGAAGGACGUGCCGGAUGAAAUGUUUCCCGCACACUUCAAAGACCAAGGUCUCGAUAUUACCUUUCAUUGGGUGUCUGAGCACGGGAGCGCUGUACCAGCGAAGCUGAGCAGCGGUCUAACAAUUACUCCAACCGACUCAUUUGAAUCGUGCCCACCGCUCGACAUUGUUCUUAUUGGAGCUAACAACCCUCUGUACCAGCCAAACGAAGCUGAGCUUGCCUAUGCCAGAAAGUCUUACGAGUCUUGUCUCGGUUUCAUAACAAUCUGUGGUGGUUUCCAGGUGGCUCUGAGCGCUGGUAUCUUGAAUGGCAAGACGGCUACCGCGCCACGCAUGCUGCUUGAGGACCUCAAGCAGAAAGCACCCCAAGUGAAAUGGGUGGAAAAGCGUUGGGUGCGAGAUGACAAGCUCUGGACUAGCGGUACUUUGUUGAAUGGCACGGAUCUCAUGACCAACUUUAUCAGACAGACAUGGGACGUUAAGGAGGACAGCUUUAUUGAGUUUAUGCUCAGGGCUUGCAGCAGCGUCGACCGUGAUGUCGACUACAAAGAUGUCACAUGGGCUCUUUGA